ACCCACUCUGAACAUAAAUUUGCUUCUCAUUUGCCAAUUAGUUAAUGAACAAGAUGGGUUCAUCAUCUGCACAUGUGAAUGUUCCUGUUGAAGCAAAGGAGGACGAAUCGUUCCUAUUCGCCAUGCAAUUGGCAACUGCAUCCGUCUUACCCAUGGCCUUGAAAUCCGCCAUCGAGCUUGAUUUGCUCGAAACGAUAGCGAAAGCGGGGCCCACCGCUUCCCUUUCAUCUUCGCAGCUAGCGGCUCAGCUCCCCAAGGUUAACAACCCCGAAGCGCCGGUCAUGCUGGACCGGAUCUGUAGUCUUCUGGCUAGUCACUCUGUGCUCACUUGUACCCUCAAGGACCUGGCUGAUGGUGGCGUUGAGCGGCUCUAUGGUUUGGCUCCGGUCUGCAAGUUCUUGAUCAAGAACCAAGAUGGUGUGUCAAUGGCACCCCUCUUGCUCAUGAACCAGGAUAAGGUUCUCAUGGAGAGCUGGUACUAUCUGAAAGAUGCAGUUUUGGAUGGUGGAAUUCCAUUCAACAAGGCUUAUGGUAUGUCGGCCUUUGAAUACCAUGGCAAAGAUCCCCGAUUCAAUAAGGUAUUUAACAGUGGCAUGUUUAAUCAUUCGACCAUGACCAUGAAAAAGAUCGUAGAUUUGUAUGAUGGUUUCAAUGGCCUCACCACCCUUGUCGAUGUUGGUGGUGGCACUGGUGCCAGCCUUAACAUGAUCAUUGCUAAACACGCUUCGCUCAAGGGUAUCAAUUUCGAUUUGCCUCAUGUUAUUGAAGACGCUACCACUUAUCCCGGUAUUGAGCAUGUUGGAGGUGAUAUGUUCGAAAGUGUGCCAAAAGGAGAUGCCAUCUUUAUGAAGUGGAUACUCCAUGAUUGGAGUGAUGCACAUUGCCUGAAAUUUCUCAAGAACUGUUAUGAAGCACUUCCGGCCAACGGGAAAGUGAUCGUGGCUGAAUGCAUACUUCCAGAGGCUCCAGACUCGACCAUGGCGACCCAGAAUGUGGUGCACAUUGAUGUGAUCAUGUUGGCUCAUAAUCCAGGAGGCAAAGAGAGAACCGAGAAGGAAUUCGAGGCCUUAGCCAAGGGAGCAGGAUUCAAGGGUUUCCACAAGGCUGCUUGUGCUCUCAAUACAUGGGUUAUGGAAUUCUGUAAAUAGAUUUGAGUGUAAGCAUUUGUGGAUGAGGAUGUGGUUUGAUUUUAAUGGUUAAUGCUCUUCCUUUUGGGACGC